CCCUUCAUCACGCCCAGUCGAGCCUGUUUCUACACGCCUUUGGCCUCUUCCGUGAAAAAAAGUCGUACUGCUGUCAGCGUCAGACCACUCCCUCCCUGAAUUUGAACGGAAGAGCAGUUUAGUCUUGUUUCCCCGUUACAGUGUUUCCCACAGACGUGUCUUCUGAGAAGUAUGAGCGUAGCAGAGGAUGGCGGAGGCCAGCGCGCUUGAAGAGCUACAGUCGGAGCUCACCUGCCCGGUGUGUUUGGAACUCUUCCGUGAUCCCGUGAUCCUUGAGUGCGGGCACCACUUCUGCCAGGUGUGCAUCAUCCAGUGCUGGGAAGCUAAGGCGGACGAACUCUCGAGUUGCCCGAAGUGUAGAAAGUCGUGCGCCCGGAAACUGCGACCCAACUCGCUCCUGUGCAACGUCGUGGAUAGUGUGCGCAGAGCCCGCGCCAUGGACGCGGCCUCGGGGAUGUGCGUGUGGGACCACGAAGGUACACUGGAGAUGCCCGAGGACCGCGAGCGGGGUUCGAGCAUGAGCAGCGUGGCCUCGUCCAUCGGGCACUGGCCACGCCUGGGAAUGGGUUUGGAUAUGUGCGAGGAACACGAGGAGAAGCUGAAGCUCUACUGUGAGGACGACCAGCUUCCCAUCUGCCUAGUGUGCGGAAUGUCUCGAGACCACAAGAGCCACAAUGUCAUCCCCAUUACAGAGGCUUUUGAAAACUACAGGGAAAAGCUGUCUGUGGCUCUGGAGAGGGUUCAGGUGCAGACAGAGGAGGCCACACUCUUCCAAAAACAGACCAAUGAAAAGAUCCUCCUCAUUAAGGAGCGAGCGGGAGAUUUGGAGGAGCUGGUCUCUGCGGAGUUUAGCCGUAUGAGGGAGUUCCUCGUUGAGGAGGAGGAGCGCAUAAAGGAGAAACUGCAGAAGCAGAAGGAGGAGAAGCUCCAGCAGCUGGAGGAGGCGCUCACUCAGUCCACGGAGCAGAUCAGCGAACUGGAGAUUACAGCCGAUAAACUUCGGCUCAAACUUAGAGAAGAAGAAAAUCCCGAGCAACUCAAGGGGAUCAAAGAUUUUAUUGGAGGGGCAGAGAGCUUGUUUGAGCGCCCUUCAGAGGUAGCUGUGGACCUGCAAUCUGGAGACUUUCUGGGACCUCUCCAGUACAGGACUUGGAGGAAAAUGAACUCGAUUCUUCAGCCAGCUGUGACACCUGUGACCCUUGACCCAGACACAGCAUACCCUUGUCUGUGGGUUUCCUCGUGUCGCACCAGCGUCCAGGUAGGAAAACUACAAGCGAACCUGCCCAACAACCCCGAGCGCUUCACCCGCUACAACAUCGUCCUGGGCUCUGAAGCCUUCUCUUCAGGCAGACACUACUGGGAGGUGGAGGUAGGCUCUAAGACGGCGUGGGGACUGGGCGUGGCCACAGCUUCCGUCAACAGGAAGGAUGAGAUCAGCCUUUGCCCGGAUGAUGGUUUCUGGACGCUGGUGCUGAGGGACAACGGAAACGGCACCAGCGAGUAUGAAGCUUGCACUGACAUAGAGGAGAACUUAUUAUAUCCCUCCAAACCCCCGAAGAGAGUGGGGAUAUACCUGGACUACGGUCGUGGCCUAGUGUCAUUUUAUGAUGCUGGAGACAUGAGCCACCUCUUCACAUUCAAUGAUGCAAAAUUCAAAGAGCCUGUUUUCCCCUACUUCAAUCCCUGGCCGAUCAUCAACGGACACAACCGGGAGCCGCUCACCAUAGUAACGCCACACUGGGGAUAGAUGGCCUUUUUUUUUCAUCAGAGAACCGACACUGUGCAUCAAACGGAUUCAGGAUCAAACUGCAGACUCGGCUGCUAAUAACUUUGAGGGACUCGUCUCAUUAGCAUUCACACAUCUGUCUUAUUACAAGGACUUUUUGGGUGUAUGAGGACGGUCUUGUAAGGCUGUCAAGCUGUGGAUGAAACAUCAGAAGGACAAGAACGGCGACACUUCAAUCAAUCUAGCUGCAAAGAAAGUACAUGAAAAGAUAAUCAAUGAACCGUUUAGCUAAAACCUAAUCUAUUUGAUCUAUUAUUCCUCUGUGCCACCGAGCUCCGUUGCUAUUUGACAAAUACUGUUAUAAACACAAACUGACACAGUCUUUUAUUAUGGUGAGCACACACACUGGUUUUAUUCUCAGUCAGUCGAAUGCACAUCUUCCUGCUGAUGGAUAUACUCAGCGGUGCACCAAAUGCAUAUUAAUCUGCACCUAAACUAGUUCCAAACAAAUGACUGUGUCCUCUUUUUGAGUAAUUUUUGCUGAAACACAGACAUUUAAAGAAAACGUUUUUGCCAUUUUGUAUUUUAACAUGAAUUUUUAUAACUGUGAUAUCAGAACAUGGUUUGUUUUGGCUUUUUUAACUGAAUUUUCUAGCAAAGUUUUCAAGGUUUUGUAUUUUUUUAAGUACUUUACAGAAAGCACAUCUACUGCUAUCAUUCAGCACAUUGUUUGUGUUUCAUCUAACAAUGCAAUGCCAUUUUUUUUAGGAUCCAGUUGUUUUAUCUCUGUGCCAUUGAAAACAUAUUGUGUGUAUUACGUUAUGACAGUAUGAGUUCUGCAGUAUGAUUCGUCCACCUCCUUCAUAUUUGUCUAACACUAAUCUGAAAUGUAGUUUACUAAUCGUCUGUUUGUAUCCUCAGAGUUUAAUGUCGUAAAGCAAAUGUAAUGUGAAGUGAUAGUAACCAGUGUCUAGAUAGCUGACAUGAGAGUUUUAGGGUGUGAUUAACUUUGAUUGCACAUGUAGUACCAGCAGAGGGCAGCCAAAGCUAACUUCGAAUGAAGCAACUUUAAAACAUUUGUGCAACAUAUGAAUGCCACCCUCAUGAAAAUGCGACCCACUGGAAGCUGUUAGAUGAGGAUUUUAUAAAUGAUCAGGUCAAACAAAUCAGAAAUAUGCUUCAAGUGGUAAAACAUUAAACUUAAAUAUCAAGAACUAUGCACAGACUGUGUAUGAAAGAUGGUUGUCAUCUCAAGGUGGCGGUAUAAAUGUGAGUUAGUUGCUUUUAAGAAGUGAUGUAUUAUAAUGUUUAAUUUUAAACACUGCCACUGAAAUACAGUGCUGUGCAAAAGUCUUGAGCCACCCAUUGGUUGUUUAUAUUUUGCUAGGAAUUUGGGAAUUUAAUGAAACCUGUUGAAGGAAAAACCAAGUUUAUACAGUUCUAAUAAGAUUGACAGUCAACUUUUGUCAUAAAAAUCUUUAUUUUCUAACACAGCCUGAACUGUAUUAGGCCAACCUUGUUAUAACUUCUUUAAGGAGUAUUCAGGAAUCGUUCUCCAGGCUUUGUGAAGGACAUUCAGAGCUCUUCUCUGGAUGUUGACUGCAUUUUUGUGUUGUUCUCUGUUGCGAUGGUCCCAUACUGCUUCAGUUAUAUGCAGGUCCAGUUGGGACUGCACGGUGGAACAAAAUCUGACAUUUUCUGACUUUUCCAUGUUUAUAGUUCCAUCAAUUUUUACAAGAUGUCUGAAACCUGAAAACCAUGACAGAGUCAACGAUGUGCUUUGUUGUGGAGGGCUGCACCAGUAUAAAAGUACAGUUUCUCAUGUGACCCACUUGGUAAAAUGAAGUGUUCACCUCUGCUAUAGACAUUUACUGUUACCCAGUUCUCCUGAUCUCCUCCGUACAUAUUGAUAACAAUCAUUUGAAGGUCCAGAAGCAUCUCUCUGGUCCUGUGUCAAGUCUUUACUAGAUUUCUUUUCUCCAGUUUCUUAGGGGCAUGAUUUCCUGAUACAGUUCAUCUGCUGUAGAUAGUUUUUUGCCCAGUUUUCUCAAUGUUUUUAAGGACACACUGCACAGCAUGCAGCAAGUUUGGUGCCAUCAUGCUAUUUUCUGUCUGUCAAACUGUGAUCUUUUGCAUUUUUUUGCAAAUUAAAGAACAGCAUGGUGUGUUUUUGUGACAAUCUGCUUGUAACUGGGCUAAAUGGGAUCCUUGAAGACCUUCAGAAAGCUUGGAGAACUAUCACUAAGACUAAGACUAUCGCUUAAACAAGAUAGUGUGGCUCCUUGGAACCAAAAUAAAAAGAAAUUAAGGGGGUGAUUCAAGCAGUGUUACAUUCUUCAGUAUUACAUUAUGAUAAAAAACUAACACUGAAACUUCAAAACAUUAAAGCAAGGACGAAAACUCACUGGAGAACAAAGCCAAAUGAAAUAAAAAUGAAUGAAUAAAAGCCAGUCAAUAGUUUCUGGUAUAAAAACCUU